AUGUUGUCAGCGGACGAAGCAAGACACAUAGUUGCGCAAAAUGUUUCUUCUCCUGACUUUAAAAUACUUGACAUUAAGGAAACAUCUCUACGAAACGAAGAUGGAGGAUUCAUGAGCGAUUACUGGCAUAUCAAGAUGGAAGUCGAAUGCAGUGAUUCUUGUGUGCAGACGCACAAAUUCUUCGUCAAAGAUGUCCCAAAAACUGACAGCACCCAUCGUGAAUUCGUACUCGAAGUGCAGUCCUAUAAAAAAGAAGGUGGAUUUUAUAUGGAUAUUGUUCCUAAUUUAUAUAAAUACAACGACGCGUGCAAAAAUAUCAAGGAAGAAGAUGUGAAAGGUAUAUGGGCGCCGCAUUGUUACUUAGCAAGAGAUGGCAUUAUUGUCAUGGAAGAUCUAUCAUCAGCUGGUUUUAAAGUUUUUAACAAUCGUGAAUUAAUGGACUGGAACCACUGUGUUGUUGUGCUUAAGACGUUAGCCAGUUUCCACGCUGCAUCCAUCACAUUCGAACAGAGGGAAAGUGAAGUGGUAGGACACCCAUGUGUUAUAGGGGAUAUGUAUCCAGAUUUGUUCCAAAGCGUUCUUGGCAAAGCCAUGAACGAUGAUCCUGAUAAAGGUUGGUUUGCAGCAGGUAUUCGUGCUUUGUGUGCCCUUGUACCUCAACUAACAAAGUACAAGGGCAAUGUCGAAGUUCAGCGUUUAAUUCGCGAAAAGCUUCCUAACAUUUGUCAGACUAACAUUAACAUUCUUGGAAGAUCUUCUCAGUACAGAAAUGUUGUCAGCCACGGGGAUCUGUGGUCAAAUAAUAUAAUGUUUCGCUAUCAAAAUGGAAUUCCUAUAACUGCACGAUUCGUAGACUUUCAACUUCAACGCUAUGCCCCUCCUUCAUCAGAUAUAACUAUGUUUUUAUACACGACUAUAAACAGAAACUUUCGGAAACGUCAUAGAGACAAUUUACUCGAUGUAUACUAUAGUGAAUUAACGAAAGAACUUAAUAAGAAUGGCAUAUCUGUUAAUGACGUGUUACCUUUUGAUGAGUUGAGAAGUUCUUGUGAAUUCAUGACUCCCGGCGGACGUGUGAUUGCAGCACUAUAUUUGCAAGUUAUUACCAUUACUAAAGAGCAGAGAAACACUAUUUGUUCUUCUGGCGAAACGUUCAGCCAGUUCUUCUUGUGUAAUCGAGAAUUAGAAGUUUGUGAGUGGUUUGAGACAGACGAAUAUUAUAGAAAUCUCUUGCAGGAUGCAGUCUAUGAUCUCGUGGAUGAAGAUAUUCUGAAAAACUGA